CGGCGGCACCGGGCGGGGGCGGGACGGCGGGGGCCGGGGGGCGGGGAGGGCGGGGGCCGCGGCUGGGGGCCGAGGGCGCGGGAGAGCGCGGGGCGGGGAAGUGAGUUUGUCGCGCGGGGUGCGCGCGUGCGAGUGUGUGCGCGCGUGUGCACGCGCGUGUGCAGGGCCGGGGGCGGGCUCCGGCCCCGCUCCCCCCUCCCGCCCGCGCCCCGCUCCGUCGCCAACUCGGAGCCCCGGCGCGGCGGGCGGCGGGCAGCAUGCUGAGCCUCCUCGUCUGGAUCCUCACCCUCUCCGACACUUUCUCCCAAGGGACCCAGACCCGCUUCAGCCAGGAGCCGGCCGACCAGACCGUGGUGGCGGGACAGCGGGCCGUGCUCCCCUGCGUGCUGCUCAACUACUCGGGCAUCGUGCAAUGGACCAAGGAUGGCCUGGCGCUGGGCAUGGGCCAGGGCCUCAAAGCCUGGCCGCGGUACCGGGUCGUGGGCUCUGCGGAUGCUGGGCAGUACAACCUGGAGAUCACGGACGCCGAGCUGUCUGACGACGCCUCCUACGAGUGCCAGGCCACGGAGGCCGCCCUGCGCUCACGGCGGGCCAAGCUCACCGUGCUCAUCCCCCCAGAGGACACCAGGAUCGACGGCGGCCCUGUGAUUCUGCUGCAAGCAGGCACCCCCCACAACCUCACGUGCCGAGCUUUCAACGCCAAGCCGGCCGCCACCAUCAUCUGGUUCCGGGAUGGGACGCAGCAGGAGGGCGCUGUGGCCAGCACGGAACUGCUGAAGGAUGGGAAGAGGGAGACCACCAUCAGCCAGUUGCUCAUUAACCCCACAGACCUGGACAUUGGGCGUGUCUUCACCUGCCGCAGCGUGAACGAGGCCACCCCGACUGGCAAGGAGACUUCCAUUGAGCUCGACGUGCACCACCCUCCCACGGUGACCCUGUCCAUUGAGCCACAGACGGUGCAGGAGGGGGAGCGCGUUGUCUUCACUUGCCAGGCCACAGCCAACCCCGAGAUCCUGGGCUACAGGUGGGCCAAGGGCGGCUUCUUGAUUGAAGAUGCCCACGAGAGUCGCUAUGAGACAAAUGUCGACUAUUCCUUCUUCACGGAGCCUGUGUCCUGUGAGGUUCACAACAAAGUGGGGAGCACCAACGUCAGCACCUUAGUAAACGUCCACUUUGCCCCCCGGAUCGUAGUUGACCCCAAACCCACGACCACAGAUAUUGGCUCUGAUGUGACCCUCACCUGUGUCUGGGUGGGGAAUCCCCCCCUCACCCUCACCUGGACCAAAAAGGAUUCAAACAUGGGGCCCAGGCCUCCUGGCUCCCCACCCGAGGCUGCUCUCUCUGCCCAGGUCCUGAGUAACAGCAACCAGCUGCUGUUGAAGUCAGUGACCCAGGCCGAUGCGGGCACGUACACCUGCCGGGCCAUCGUGCCUCGGAUCGGCGUGGCCGAGAGGGAGGUGCCCCUUUACGUGAACGGGCCCCCCAUUAUCUCCAGUGAGGCGGUGCAGUACGCUGUCAGGGGUGACGGGGGCAAGGUGGAGUGUUUCAUCGGGAGCACGCCGCCCCCGGACCGCAUUGCUUGGGCAUGGAAGGAGAACUUCCUGGAGGUGGGAACCCUGGAGCGCUACACGGUGGAGAGGACAAACUCGGGCAGUGGGGUGCUGUCCACGCUCACCAUCAACAAUGUCAUGGAGGCAGACUUCCAGACACACUACAAUUGCACGGCCUGGAACAGCUUUGGGCCCGGCACGGCCAUCAUCCAGCUGGAAGAGCGAGAGGUGCUGCCCGUGGGCAUCAUUGCCGGGGCCACCAUCGGUGCGGGCGUCCUGCUCACCUUCUUCUUCAUCGCCUUGGUAUUCUUCCUCUACCGCCGCCGCAAAGGCAGUCGCAAGGACGUGACCCUGAGGAAGCUGGACAUCAAGGUGGAGACUGUCAACCGCGAGCCACUUACGAUGCAUUCAGACCGGGAGGAUGAUACAGCCAGCGUGUCCACUGCGACUCGGGUCAUGAAGGCCAUCUACUCGUCCUUCAAGGACGACGUGGACCUGAAGCAGGACCUGCGCUGCGACGCCAUGGACACGCGGGAGGAGUACGAGAUGAAGGACCCCACCAACGGCUACUACAACGUGCGCGCCCACGAGGACCGGCCCGCGUCGCGGGCUGUGCUCUACGCGGACUACCGCGCCCCCGGGCCCGCGCGCUUCGACGGGCGCCCGGCCUCACGCCUCUCGCACUCGAGCGGCUACGCGCAGCUCAGCUCGUACAGCCGCGCCCCCGCGUCCGACUUCGGCCCCGAGCCCGCCGCCCCCGGGCCCGCCGCCCCCGCGGGCGCCGACUCGGCCGGCACGUUGUCCUAUGAGAACUACGACAAGUUCAACCCGCACCCCUUCCCCGCGGCGGCGGGCUACCCCGCCUACCGACUGGGCUACCCGCAGGCGCCGCCGUCCGGCCUGGAGCGGACCCCGUUCGAGGCGUACGACCCGAUCGGCAAGUACGCCACGGCCACCCGCUUCUCCUACACCUCGCAGCACUCGGACUACGGGCCGCGGUUCCAGCAGCGCAUGCAGACUCACGUGUAGGCCCGGCGCCCGGCCGGGGCGCCUCUGCGGGGCAGAGGACGAGGCUCUCACAGCCGGUCCCUGAUAUUCAGGGGCGUUGCGCGUCGCUCCCGGCCCGGACCAGCCUUCGUCCGCCGCCGCCGCCGCCGCCGCGGCAGGUGGGGAGCAGGUCUCCCGGAAACACCCCGUCCCGAGGAUGGUGCUCUGUGCAUGCCCCAGCCUCCUGGGCCUGCCCUUCCCUCUUCUUCGGGAGGACGUGUCUCUUCUGACCUGCGCUCUCGCCUGGCCCCAGCACGGGGACAGGGACGCGAAGGUUGUGCCGAGCAGAGGGGGCACUUUUUAGCAUUCCCAUUCUGCCCCACCCCUUUGGUCUCCCCUAAGUGGACAGGGAUGUGUGACGAUGAGCAGGCGUUGGCCUAGGGGGACACGCAGUGGGGGGUGGGGGUGGCCCAGGCACAGAUAUGUGGAAACACGUUUGCCUGGCCAGCCCCUCUGUCCUCUGCAUUCAUAGCCCGGCAGCAUCUUCCCUUCCGCGACUGCGGAAGGGACCUUGGAUUGAUUUUAGCUGUCCACAGAACAGCCCUGGCACUGAGUUCAGAUCCGGCCCUCGUUCAGCUGGGAUUAAAGGGCCAGCUGUCCUGGCUGCUCAUCGUGGACACCUGUCUGUCAGCAGAGGAUCCAGAUUUGUCCAGUAGCCCCUUUCUCUCUCCUCUGUGCAGGGCCAGCCAGUUAGAUCACGGGGUCCCCAUGCAGAAAGGAACGGUGGGGGAACCAUGUCCUGACUCACCAGCAGGAAGGCUGUGUGCCUCAGAGCGGUUUCCAGAACCCCCUCUAGAGGAGCCCCUUCCCUCCCCAGCCUGCCCUGUAUCCUGGCUUUAACUCUUGAGCCUAUCUGGGGAGUGGUGGUGUGAGGGUCGGAUGCUAUAGGCUAUUUUUCAAAGACAACAAAAAACAAUGAAAACCUCAUUUGGGGAGAAAAAAAAAAGCUGUAGGGAAUCCCCCGCCCCAAGUCCCAGUGGGAAGGCAAGGGGCCACCUGCUCUCCUCCAGAUUCCUAGCACCGUCCAUUACUCUGAAUUUCCAAGCACUUUGAAUCCAUUUUUAAACAUUCAGGUGGAAAGACCUGUCCCCGAUGGGCUCUGACAGGCUUAGGGAGGGGGACUGGCUCUCAAGACUGCUUGUCCUGCCCACCAGCUGGUCGGGGAGGCCACCUUCCGGGGGCAUGGGUGAUAGUCUCUGCAGACAGGUUUUGGUUUGUUAAGUGUCUUUUUUUUCUUGGACCAAUCAGAUUCCUUCUUCCACUUUCAGUGCCUUGAGUGCCCAGCUUUGGUUGACCGGCCCUGUGUGGGGGGCCACGGGGGAUGGGUAUUGCAAGCCCCAGACACGCCGUCAGGUGUUGCAGAGUUUCCGGGACGGCGGGUGAGGGGCCCGGAGAGGGAGGAAGGUGGCACGGGAGGGCACUGCAGGCAGUCACGCCCAUGCUGUCCCCACACACACAUUCCACAUGGCCAUUCUCAGCCGCCGCCUCUGACCAAAGAGAACUGUGCCCCCGCCCCGGCCUCCCCUUCUCCCGACGGGCGGGGCCUCGGGGGCAAUCCCCAGAACGCGCUUUGCCCUCUCUCCUGGUCACCACUCAUUAGUCAUGUUUGCUUUAAUGAGUUACAUGCUCAUCAGCCACGGGCCAUCACCACCCUUGCGGAUGGGUCUGUGGGGUGACAUUCCUCACUGUCCCCGCUCGUAAGGACCAGCUAAUGCCCAGGGAGAAGGUAGCUCAGUUCCAGCCUGGCAGGCUGCCUCUCCCCUUCCGCAGCAACAGGGGCAAAUCCUGGGUGUCUCUUGGGGGUGGGGGGGCAUCGUCCCAGCUCCAGCUGCAUUCCACCCCUACCCCUGGGAGCUGACCCCUCCCUACAGAGUCAUUUUAUGUGAACCUCUGGAGAAGGUCUGGUAAGGAUGCAGGUUCCUGUGCAGAUGAAUUCACGCAUAUUCUGAUUAUCUUCGCAGAAACAGAAGCCUUGUGUAAUCCAAACAGUUAAAGUCUAAAGAUGGUGAUGGCUCUUUAAACAGGAAUAUUCCAAAAAAUAUUCAUUUGUAUUUGGGGUUUGGCCACAUUCUGUUUCCUCCCUUUUAUUAGUGCUGGGUCCAUUCUGUUGAAAUGAUGAAGAGGAGGGGCCCAGGGUCACUAGCUAACUCAGCUGACACUACAGGGACCAUUAGUUUUCAGAAGCCUGUGACCAUAGCUCCUUCUCUGCUCUCUGCUCUUUAACCCAGUAACCGGCCCCUCCUGGGUAUGGAGCGUGCACAGUGCAAGGCACAGAGAGACAGCAGCGCCCCAGGCCCUCUCUGCCCUCUGCAAUUUGCACGCUGUUCGUCUGAUCACAAUCGGAACUGGGGCCUGCCCAUUGGGCCAAACGGAAUUGCUUUUCUGGGGAGUGGAAGGCGCCCUUGAACGUAGUAGAGCUUUGCUGUUGGAGGCUGGGGCCCUCCAGCAGGGUGCCGAGAGUACUUGAUGUGGUCACCUUGGUGAUCCUGAUCGCCUUUGAUAUUCUCAUCUUAGUGAGAAGAGCAAGGCGCUAAGGGUCAGGAGAUCGGGGACCCCAGCUUCAGGAUGGGGUGAAGUGACCUUGGCCUAACCUCUUUACGUUUACUGCCCCCGAUUUUCUGGCCUUAAAAAUAGGGGGAGGGUUGCACAACCCUAGAAUUAUUCUGCUCUUGCUGUAUUCAUUCGGUGAGGUGGAGGGCCCAGCCACCCCUGGUGAGGAGCUGGGAACAGGACGUGAGCAGGGAAGGGAUGGGGGUGGUGGAAGGUUCUCCUCUCUUGAAAAAAGCUUUCACUGUGGGCCUCUUGCUGGAAGUGUUACGAGUAAGUUUCCACUAGGGUCCCCUGGAUGCCAAACGGCAACCAAGCAUACCCUGAGCCUGGGUGAGAUUGGUGUGCGUUUAUCCUCUGACGAUUGGGAAUGGUCGCUCACAUUGGGAGCCCCCUCAGUUUUGCCGGUGUGGCAAAGGCGUCUGUGGCCGGGGUGGGGCAGGGAGACUCCACCACUGGCGCCCUGGCUUCGGGCAGCUUUGACCGAGGGGGAGCUGGGAGUCGCCACUGUCCACGCCGUCCUUAGGAGCCCAGGGACGGCGCAGCCCUCUCACUGAGGAGGUGAACCUGCCGGCCAGGGUCUCCCAAGCCAGGUGGUGCGCUGUGAGCAUGGCUGACCCCUCUGUGAAGCAGUAGAGGGAAGAGGGUAGAGCAGUUUUGACAAACUCUGGAUCUCGAAGAGGCCCUGGUGAUUGUGGGUGAGCUGCAGUCUCUCCCCUCGCGGGGGGGCUCAGACUGCAUCCUGAAUCCUGGAUCCCUCUAAGCCCAGCCCCAGAGCCCUUGUGAGGUCAGGAAGGGGAGCCAGCAGGGAUGGAGCAGUGCUCCCCCGAACGCCAUGCCUGGGGUGGAAGAGGUCAGCUUGACCCCCCAUCUGCAGGCCCAUCACUUUGAGGACAGCAUUCCAGGACUGAGCGCCCGGCCCGGCCGUGGAACCCGAGGCUUCUCUACCACUCUAGUGCUCUGUGUCCCCGGCCGGUCCCCGCCUUGAGCCUCUUGUUAGGGAAUCACCUGAAAGGUGUUAGUGAAGGCCGUGACUGGUGGGACCAGUGAGGAGAUGGUCACGGGACACUCCAUAGACCGAGGGAUGUAAUUUGGAAAGGCAUCUAUUUUUGUGAAGAGGCUAUAAAACUAGCAUUUAAGUAUCCCCCUCCCUUGUCCCUGCCUUCCCCUGCCCUCCAGAAUGGGGGGGUUGGGGGAGGUUCCCAUUUUCUUGCAUCACUGUGAGGGAGCUCCAGGUCCCGUCCCUGGAGAAAGCAUUGCUGUGCAGAAGUCACAGGCCAUAUGGGCGGCUCUGGUACAAGCCUGCCCUUAAAAAUAAUAACAGUAAUAAUAAUAAUAAUAGUAGCUCCGUUUGCAUAGAACUACCACAUUCCCGCCAGCCUCCUGCCCCUGCUCCUGGCUUUUCGCUGGCCACAACCAUGGGCCUUUUCGAGGGUCGGUGGGCUGUGGGGCCUUCUACCUGUUUCUGGAGAUCAGACGCUGCCCCGGGAAUACCCCCCACUGGGGAGAGCGCCACCGAGCGCCGCCCGGAGGCCUGACUGCACCAAGUCCACCCAGAGGAGCCCUGGGGCCCCGAAGGUCACGCUCUCCACCCCGACCACCCUCGGGGUCACAGCCUCUACUUCGGGCUCCAGUUGAGUUUUCUCCUCCCAAGCCCCAAUAAUAAAUGGAUCCAUGAUGACAAGAGAAGAGAAAAAAAUAUUAUUUUUGUUAGGACAGACCAUCGUAGGUUUUUAGCAAUGUGUGUCUGUGUGUCCUCACGCCUUUUCCUAUUCUGCCUGUUUUCAUUUUCCUUUUUUUUAAAUAUUAUGUACUAUAUUUUUAGUCUCAAACACACUAUAUAUUAUAUAUAUUUAAUUUUUUUAUAUAUAUAAAUAUAAAUGUUUUAAAAAGCA